UGCAGUUCUAGGAGAUUAUCUGAAGCAUGUGGUGGAGAUGCAGUGUCCCCGGCUGUGGAAAACAGAAACAAGGGAAAGUUAAAGGCGUCAUUUUCACCAUUUUCCCCUGAAAAAGUCUUUGUAGUAAAUGGUUAGCGAAGGUUGUAAAUAAAACGGAGGAAAAAAAAUAACACGCCUAUUUCCGAGUGUGCAGCCAGCACUUCAGACCUGACGACUAUGAGAGGAGAAGUUCACUUCCAGAACAAAAAAAUUACAAUUAAUUUUCUCAUCCCAGAUGUUCAUAUCUUUUUUUUUCUUCAGUCGUAAAGAAAUGAUGAUUUUUGAGGAAAACAUUUCAGGAUUUUUCUCUAUUGUAGUGGACUUCUACGGUGCCUCCGAGUCUUAUCUUCCCAAAUGCAGCUUCAAAGAGCUCUAAACGAUCCCAGCUGAGGAAAAGGAGUCUUAUCCAGCCAAAGGAUCGGUCAUUUACUUAGGAAAAAAAAAUAGCAAACCGGAUACUUUUUAACCCACAAAAGCCCGUCUAGCACCAGUUCUGGGGAUGCGCGUCCCCGACGCUACGUAAUCACGUCGGAAGGUCACGCGGAAAUACAGCCCCAGUGUUUGAGAGCGUGGAGGAGGAGGGCUCUGAAUUUGUGACACAACGAUAUGUAACUUUGAAUCACAUUUUCCCUUUAAUAUGGUCCGCUCGUGUGCCUACCCUCGGUGUGAGAAUCGUUUCAAAGCGAAAAGAUUACGUCCGAGAGGAGAUAUGUUGACUUCUCACAAAUUUCCUUCCAAAAAUCCUGAUCGACUGAAGCAGUGGUUGCUGGCUCUGAACAUGGACAUCAACACUCCCGCAGCCUCUCUGCAGCAGAAAAGAGUGUGCAGUGAACAUUUUGUCGACGAUGAUUAUCAUCCCUCUGAGGAAGGGAAGCUUCGUCUGCUGAGAUCAUCAUCUGUGCCCAUAGCGUUUUUACAACGAGCCAAGAAUUCAUCUAAUGAAAACCAAGAGUCCCUAGCAACGCAAACACCAGGACAACAAAAGGACUCUGGUAGAGGAACGACGUCAACACAGUUAACAGAUAAACAUCCUAUACUUUGUUUACUGAUCAAAAGUCCAGAAACUGAGCAAAACCGGACCGAAUCAUCCACACGUGGGAUGUAUUAUUAUGCUUUCCCUGUAAUACGCUCCCACAACUCUAUGUCUUCUGAAAAAGAAAAUGCACCUACUUCAGUCAGAACAUGUUCUGAGUUGGAAGAGAGCUCAUGGCUUAAAGCGGUCAAGAGUCUUCAGACUCCUCAAGGAUGUAACAUUUUUAGGAGCAGUGAAGUGAUGGUGAACACACACUGUCUGCUGGAGCUCUUCCAGUUCUGCUGGCUUUGUCAGAAAGAGUGCUGUAUUACCAUCAAGGGCAGCGAGAGGCUGUUUUCAGUCACGCAGGACUGCCAGAGCUGCAGCUACCACAGAGACUGGAGGAGUCACCCGCGUUCAGCCGAACCUACACAGACCUUUCAUACUGAGACAGAACAUGAAGAAGUUGAGGAGGUGCCUUCUGAAAAAGAAAAUGCACCUACGUCAGUCAGAACAUGUUCUGAGGUGGAAGAGAGCUCAUGGCUUAAAGCGGUCAAGAGUCUUCAGACUCCUCAAGGAUGUAACAUUUUUAGGAGCAGUGAAGUGAUGGUGAACACACACUGUCUGCUGGAGCUCUUCCAGUUCUGCUGGCUUUGUCAGAAAGAGUGCUGUAUUACCAUCAAGGGCAGCGAGAGGCUGUUUUCAGUCACGCAGGACUGCCAGAGCUGCAGCUUCCACAGAGACUGGAGGAGUCACCCGCAUUCAGCCGAACCUACACAGAGCUUUCAUACUGAGACAGAACAUGAAGAAGUUGAGGAGGUUGUGGUUCAGAUUGUGUCAUCCAAUAACGAGUGCAGUGAGCAGGUGUUUAUCAAAAAGGAUGGCUCAUAUUUACAUAGUGACGUCAAAGGAGAGAAAAUGAAAAAGAAAAGAAAGAGAAAACGUAAAACUUCAGAUUCAGAGUGGGAGCCGUCUUUAAGUGAAGAGCUCACAGACUCUGAAUUGUCCAUGGAUGAAGACAUGUUCACAGUUUUAAAGGAGGACGGUCAGGGUAAACUUGUAGUGUGGUGUACACAAUGUGAGACCGAGGCCUCGCUCUCCUGUUCUGUCCAUCGACACAAGAAAGUCUUCUGCUGUGCUCAGUGCAGUGCAGGUGAUGAUAUUCAAACACAUCAUAUUGAAACGCUUCCUGUUCGGUUCGAUGACAUGGCCAGUUUUCAGAAACAUGCUGAACAAGAACAUGGAUCCAAACCGGUCUAUAAUCUGUGUCAGGAUUGUGGUAAGUUUGCCGUAGCAGAUCCUGAAUCCAGAGGUUUAAAAAAACAUGAAUGUGAACACAAGUCUAAAUUCGUCGUCUGUCCAGAGUGCGGGAAAAGAUUCCUCACCGAAGCCGGCUUGAAGUUGCACCGCACGCAGCUCCAUUCGGAUUACGACCAUCCGUGUAAAUACUGUCUAAAGGUCUUCAAAACCAGAUCUGCAAAACUGGAACAUGAACAGACUCAUCCUAAAUCAAAUCAACCGUACAGCUGUCCACAUUGUCCAGAGAAGUUUAGCAGUAUUCACAAACGCAAUAAACACGUUAUCACAUCCCACCGAGGGCCAUAUAAAUACGUGUGUGAUGUCUGCGGGAAAGGCUUUAAUGAUAUUAACCGGCUGAGGAGGCAUGAACUCAUCCAUUCUGGAGAAAAGCCUUUCAAAUGCCAAGUGUGUGAGCGUUCCUUUAACCAAAUGGAAAACCUCACUUCUCACAUGCGUGUCCACACCGGAGAGAAACCUUUCAGGUGUGAGCAGUGCGGAGAGUCGUUCAGUCACAACGUCAGCCUGAAAAACCACAAGCGACGACACCAUGACUCACGGGUUUGACUCAGAAAGAGGGAACGACGAAUGAUCUAGAAUAAGGAGAUAUUUAUAUAAAAAGUCUAUUCACAUUGUAAACAGUAUUGCUUUGAGGAUGCAGAUAUGCAGUGCAUAAUAAAUAAUCCUUUACUUUACUAAAUUGACUGAGUCUUUGUAUAAUACAGACUGUGCUGUCUCUCCUGUGCCUGCACAAUAAACACAAAUUACAGAACCAAUGUUGGGAAAAUGUAUUUUUCUUGCUUAAUGAUUUCACUUAAACAUGUUUGAAGUUGUUUAAGAAAACCACAUUAAAGCUGUGUUAACAUAAAUAUGACUAUUUUUCAUUAAUAAGGUUGAGAGGAGAUUUUUGCACUGCUUGCCCCAGUUUUUUUAAAUGAUAGCCUACUGGUUAACCACCCACUUCUGCCUGACCUCUAACCUCUAAUAUGGGAGUAAUGAAUGUG